AUGCAGUCCAGACACCGAGCCCUGCAGGCCCUGAAAGGCGCACGCGGGUUUUCGACAUCGUCACCGAGGUUCGCCGUUUCGCCGUACCGGAGAACUGUGCAGGCUGCGGGCACAAAGGUCGUCAAGGAAGAUGCGAAGCGGCCGCAGAGCACCGCGGCGGCGGCGACGAAGCAGGAACCGCGGGCGCGGCCGUCGCCCGCCUUCAACAGAGAGGACUACGAUGUCCAGCCCUUGAGGCCGUACCGCCACCAGCAGAUGGACCAUUCGUUCGUGGGCAUGAAUGGCGGGCAGAUCUUCCACGAGAUGAUGCUCCGCCAGGACGUGAAGCACAUCUUUGGAUACCCGGGCGGUGCCAUUCUCCCCGUCUUCGAUGCCAUAUACAACUCGCCGCACUUCGACUUCGUCCUCCCCCGCCACGAGCAGGGCGCCGGCCACAUGGCAGAGGGCUAUGCCCGCGCAAGCGGCAAGCCCGGCGUUGUCCUCGUCACCUCGGGCCCCGGCGCCACGAACGUCGUCACACCCAUGCAGGAUGCGCUGAUGGACGGCACGCCCAUGGUCGUCUUCUCCGGCCAGGUCGUCACCGCCGCCAUCGGAUCCGACGCUUUCCAGGAGGCAGAUACUAUUGGCAUCACGCGAGCAUGCACGAAGUGGAACGUCAUGGUGAAGAACAUUGCGGAGCUGCCGAGGAGAAUCAACGAGGCCUUUGAGAUCGCUACGACAGGCCGGCCCGGACCUGUGCUCGUUGAUCUGCCCAAGGACGUCACUGGCGGCACCCUCUCGCGGCCUAUCCCUAUGGCCAGCACUCUCCCUACGCACCCGAGCGCAGCCACCCUCGCCGCAAAGGAGAUGAGCAGGAAACAGCUCGAGACAUCUAUCAGGCGGUCGGCCAACUUGCUCAACGUUGCGAAAAAGCCCAUCAUCUUGGCCGGCCAGGGCAUGGUGAGCACACCCGACGCUCCAAAGCUGCUGAAGGAGCUCGUCGAAAAGGCACAAAUCCCUGUAACGACCACUCUCCAAGGUCUAGGCGCGUUCGACGAGCUAGACGAGAAGUCUCUGCAUAUGCUUGGUAUGCACGGCUCCGCGUACGCCAACAUGGCGAUGCAGGAAGCCGAUCUCAUCAUUGCCCUUGGUGCCCGCUUCGACGACCGCAUCACAGGUAGCGUCGCGAAAUUCGCUCCCGCCGCGAAGGCUGCGGCUGCGGAAGGCCGUGGCGGCAUCAUCCACUUUGAGAUCAUGCCCAAGAACAUUAACAAGGUUGUGCAGGCGACCGAGGCCGUCGAAGGUGACGUUGUGACAAACCUCGCCCAUCUCAUUCCUCUCGUUAAGGAGGUCAAGGAGAGGCCUGAGUGGUUUGCGCAGAUCAAGGACUGGAAGGCGCGCUUCCCUUUUGCAUUUGAGCGAGAGGGCGAGAAUGGCCUCAUCAAGCCGCAAACCAUCAUGGAGAAGCUUUCGGCGCUCACCGAGCCCAUCAAGGACAAGACCGUCAUCACAACAGGUGUCGGGCAGCACCAGAUGUGGGCAGCUCAGCACUACCGAUGGAAGUAUCCGCGCACCAUGAUCACCUCCGGCGGUCUGGGUACCAUGGGCUACGGUCUGCCCGCAGCCAUUGGCGCAAAGGUUGCGCGCCCCGACGCUCUCGUCAUCGACAUUGACGGCGACUCCUCCUUCAGCAUGACCCUGACGGAGCUGUCGACCGCGGCGGAAUUCGACAUCGGCGUCAAGAUCAUCGUCCUGAACAACGAGGAGCAGGGCAUGGUCACCCAAUGGCAAACCCUCUUCUACGAAGACCGCUUCUCGCACACGCACCAGCGGAACGCAGAUUUCGUGAAGCUCAGCGAGGCCAUGGGCAUCCAAGCGGACCGCUGCAUUAAGCCCGACGAGUUGGAAGAUAAGCUCAAGUGGCUGCUCAACACGGAGGGUCCGGCGCUGCUAGAAAUUGUAACGGACCAGAAGGUGCCGGUGCUGCCCAUGGUGCCAGGGGGCAACGCACUGCACGAGUUCCUUGUCUACGAUGAAGAAACGCAGAAAAAGAGGAGAGCACAGACGCGAGCUAGGUCCGGCCGCUAA